AUGGUGCAGAUGAUCAAUGACAUGGAUGAAUUGAAAGAGUUGUUAAGGGUUGCUGGGAGCAAGCUUGUGGUGGUGGAGUUCUCAGCAGCGUGGUGUGGCCCCUGUAAAAAGGUUGGCCCUAUUUUCCAGGCAAUGUCUUUAAAAUACCAAAACGUCAUGUUUGCUAAUGUGGACGUGGACUCCUCUAAGGAAUUGACUCAACUCUGUCAUAUCAAAGCAGUACCCACAUUUCAGAUGUUCAAGCACACCCAAAAGGUCACUCUAUUCUCAAGACUCAAAAGAACAUUGUGCUGUCUCAGAAGUGGAAUGGAGGAUGGGAAGAUUUUUGAACUUCAUGGAGCGGAUGUUAAAAAACUGGAAGAGAAGAUUCAAGAGCUGAUGUGAGCUGCCACCCAAAACCAAAUAUACCUGGGACAUUUCUAAAGUGUCAGCAAGUGUUUGGUGUUCUGAUUUCCAGCAUGCCCUGUCUCUUACUUUCUCUCCGUCUCUCUCCUGAUGUUUUGUGGGAAGAACUUGGCAUUACAGUCCUCCCAAGACCUGGAUUGAAACCAUUGCUGUAGCAGAAUUGUGUUACUUCCCGGGGCACGUUCCUUGGGUGAUGUUUUUGUGACCUUUGCAGCAGAGCCCAUAUGAAGCUAAGUAACAGCAGGUCACAAGGAUUUCCCAGAGAUAGCCAAAGUGCAGUUUUUCCCAUGAUGAACUUUGCCAUUCUUAGGUAUGCCAUUGUUGGGGUGAGCGGGGUGCUUCGUUUUGUCCUGUUUUGUUUUGUGUGGGGACCAAGAAUCAAGCUCAAGGCCUCACACAUGCUAAGCAAGGCCUCUUACCGUAGAACUACACCCACAGCCUGGGGGAUACUACUUGUCCCAGAUUGCUUUCUAUUGUGUGAUAAAACACCAAGACAACUUUGGAGCACACAGUCCUAAAUGGGAUGUCCUUAUCAAGCCCCUCCCCUCAAGGCUCAGGGAUGUAUGUGGAAGAUGAAUAGCUCCAAGGAAACUGUUUUUCAGACACAACAGGACUGAUGGACACACAUAGAGACUUACAGACACUGUAACCACACAUACAAGACCUGCACAGGGUCAAGCCAGACAAGGUUUCAGCAUUAAGGGGGAAGUAGGCACAGGCUCCCACCCCUAAAUGAGAAGGUAUCUGCAAUUGAUACCCACCAGCAAGAGGAAAGUCAGUUUUCACCAAUGGAGUCUCACUGGGAAUAUUAACCACACUUCAGGGCAGGGCCCAUGGCCAGGAGUAGUUGCCCAACAAGAAAUUAACUCAGCGGUAUUUGUGUAGACUUUUGUAUUAUUUUGAUUUGUUUAGGUUUGCUUUGUCUUAUUGGUCUUUUGAUUGUUAUUUUGAUUUCCCUUUUUGUAUUUUUUUUUUGGGUGGGGAGAGGGUGUUGUGUGUGUUUCUUGUGAGUUUUUGGGGGUUUUGUUGUUGUUGUUGUUUGUUUUAAAGAGAGAAAGAAAGAAACUGUAGAGAACAAAAAGGGAGGUAGGAGGAUCUGGGAGGAAUUGGGGGAGGGAAGAACAUCAUCAAGCUAUAUUGUAUGAAAAACACUUUUUCAAAACAUUAAAAAACAUUGAAGAUAAAAAAUAAAACACCAUGACCAAAAGCAACUUAGGAAGCAAAGGGUUUAUUUGGCUGAACAAACCACAGUCCAUCACUGAGGAAAGUCCAGGCAGGACCUCAAGGCCAAGCAGGAAGCUGAAGGCAAGAACAAAGCAGCCACCAAGGAGGAAUGUGCUUACCAGCCUGCAUCCCAUGGCUUACUCACCACAACAAAUGAAGAGGUGGGAAAGAUGGAGGAGUGGAGUGGGCUUUUUGUUGUUGUUUUUGUUUUUGUUUAAUUAAUAUUUUUAUUUUCUUUUGGUGGGGGGAUGCUGCAAGGGAGAAGGGCAGAUAUGGAGGGAUGGGAAAUGAGUGGAAUUGGGGUGCAUGAUGCGAAAUUCUCAAAGAAUCUAUUAAAAAUAUGCUAAAAAAUGAUAAGAGAAAAAAUUAGCAUAAGCACAUUAAUAUCUGUUAUCCCUAAAGCACAAGAAUAGAAUUCAUAAAGAGAACUGAAUGGGUCCUUCCUCACAUUGUACAACAAAAGCCAAUUUCUGGAAUCCCCACAUUCUAUACUGAUGCAAAUAAAUCACAAAAAGCAGGAUACAAAUCAGGAGACUUAAGUAAAGUGGUUCAAAGUCCAUACAACUCUGUACAAAAAGCAGAACUGUAUGCCAUUCUUAUGGUAUGAUGGACUUCACAGAACCCCUAAAUAUAGUCACUGACUCUCAAUAUGCAAAGAGAGUUGUUUUACAUAUUGAAACUGCUGAAUUUAUUCCUGAUAAUAAAAAAUUAACUUCACUAUUCAUACAAUUACAGGAAACCAUCAGAAAUAGGGAAUAUCCUAUAUAUAUAAAACACAUAUCAGACCCCAUAAGGGUCUGCCAGGACCUCUAGCACAAGGUAAUGAUGAGACUGAUCAGUUACUAAUAGGUAACAUGCUAGAAGCCUCAGAAUUUCAUAAGAAACACCGUGUAAAUAGCAAAGGUUUGAAGAAGGAUUUCUCCAUCACUUGGCAAUGAGCUAAGGAUAUUGUGAAAAAAAUGUCCUACCUGUCCCUUCUAUAACCAAACUCCAUUACCUGCAGGGAACAAUCCAAAAGGUAUACAAAGAAAUGAAAUUUGACAGAGGAUGUGUUUCAUUUAGCAGAAUUCGAAAGAUUAAAAUAUGUACACCACACCAUUGACACCUAUUCAGGAUUUCAAUGGGCAACUCCCAUGAGUUCUGAAAAGGUUGAUUCUGUGAUUACAUAUCUAUUAGAAGUUAUGGCCAUCAUGGGAAUACCUGUACAAAUUAAGACAGACAAUGCCCCAGCAUAUGUCUCAAAUAAAACGAGACAGUUUUUUGCUUAUUACAAUAUAAAGCAUGUUGCAGGUAUACCACACAAUCCUACAGGGAAAGUAGUCAUAGAAAGACCCAAUCAAACUUUAAAGGAUAUGCUAAAUAAACAGUAACAAGUAACAAAGACUCCUAGAAAUAGAUUGCAUAAUGCUUUACUAACCUUGAAUUUUCUCAAUGCUGAUGAGAAAGGAACAACAGCUGUGGAGAGACAUUGGACGACAGACAAAACUCCUGAGCUAAAACAACCAGUUUAUUUCAAAGAUGUGUUGACCUCAGAAUGGAAACCUGGAUAUGUCCUACAUUGGGGAAGGGGUUUUGCUUUUGUUUCUGUAGGAGAAGAAAAGCUAUGGAUACCAACAAAACUAAUAAAAAUUUGAUUUGAACAAGAGAAACCCCUUGAUGAGGAGAAGUAAAAGCUCAUCCACCAAUAUGAUGUCUCUACAAGUUGUAAGAAAAACUUAACAGAUAAGGGUUGGGGCAGGGUUCUGUUUUCUGUCUUUACAGGAUAAUAGAAACACCCAUCUUCCAGAAAUCAUAAGGCCUUGGAUAUCCAGACAUAUACAACAGAAGGAAAGAAUCUAUUGGUACCAAUAUAUUCUACUGGGUAAUACCUCACUGCCUAACGCCAAUAUCUCUUUAACUCUAGAAUAGUUGUAGUCUCAAUUCAAUUAUAAAUCAAGCUGGCUUUGGAGUUGGAAUUUAGCUCUCUCCUUCUCUAAACCCAAUCAUAUUAAAAAUUAGGAGAUUCUGUCUCAUAUUUGAAGAGCCAACUGGUGUGAGACAGAAGAAAACCAAUAAUUUAGGGACCACUGUCAUCUAGACUCUAUGUCUUUCUAUGCUUUUCCUUGCCUUUGAAGAAUUCCAUCUCUAUCCAGUAUAAAUCCAAAACUUUCCAUCUUGAUAUUGAAAAUGUUCACGUUUUCCACAGUAAAAAAAUAAGUCUUUUCCAAUAGCAAUCUCUGAAGUCUCCAAAAGGAAGAUGGGGCCCCAUAACAAUGACUCUACCCAAUACAGAAUGAUGCCAUGGUAUUCAUAAAUAUUACUCAAUGAUCAACCUUGAACUGAAAACUCUCCAAGAUAGUUCCAUGAUAAGAUGGCCCAUCAUACUAUACUUCUAGCCAGAAUCUCAGACAACCUUAACUCUGAGACUAGCUACAGAAUCUACAGUUAGUCCAACUGAGACCUAACUAUCUGAGCUUUCUUAUAGGACCCCACAGAGAUACCAUUGCCCCAUAAACAGCAGAAAGCAAUUCUAAGGAAACGACGUCCUUUUUCUCAAAGGUUUCAUGUUUCUCAGGGUUAUGGAUAAUGAUUAUAGGGUUGAGGAUGGAAGAAAAUAUUGGACUUGGUGUUCUCCUUA